AUGGACUCCGGCGCAACAGGCGAUUACCCAUCGCUCCCCUGGCGAACAUGGUCCAACAUGACCAUGUGGGGUGUAGCAGGGUUAUGUCGCGCGUUUUUAUCAGGCCUCUGUCAUGCAGAAGUUCAUGGCGGCGAAGCCUUUACAGAACUCCUUGACUCACGGCUGGAUCCGUCGCAAAGAACUAAAGGAUUGAUCACCGUUUCGAACCAUAUCAGCGUCCAGACCGGGGAGUACGUUACUGAUCAAAGUCGCGUCCCUAGACCGCUAUCUUUCUUUUUCACCAUGGGCCAAGUCCUUCCUACGCACCGUCUUGCCCAUUCGCCAUUCGGUGGACUUGGACAGCCAGCGAUAACACAGGCAAUCCGUCUCUUGUCGAAAGGUCCCUUCCCCGUCGACCAUCAUCGCGCCCACGAAGAACUCCAGAAAUUCAGCACGCAGAAUGUCUGUGUCGACCCAUUCUCGGAUCUCUCCGUUGCGUAUACCACAAAUGGUGAUGACGCCCACAUCGCACCCUCCGCCUACGCAUGCAAUUCACACUCAUGGGUUCAUAUCUUCCCCGAGGGCAAGAUCCACCAAGCUCCACGGAAGACCAUGCGUUACUUCAAAUGGGGAAUUGCUCGUCUCAUUCUAGAAGCAAACGAGUGUCCGGAUGUAGUUCCUAUGUGGAUUGAAGGCUUUGAUGAUGUCAUGCAUGAGAGCCGUGAAUUCCCUCGAUUUCUGCCUCGCCCUGGGAAGAAGGUCAGUGUGACUUUCGGCUCGAAAGUCGACUCCGAAUCUGUCUUUGGAGGUGUGAGAUCUCGAUGGCAGAAGCUCAAAGCAAAGAUCGAAGCUGCAGAUGCUCAAUCUCAAUCUUUGCCUGUAGGUGUUUUGAGUGAUGAGCUGUUGAACAAUAAAGAAGCUGUUGAACUACGCAAGGAGGUCACUUUGAAGAUCCGCAAUCUUGUGCUAGAUGUGCGCAGAUCCCGUGGUCUGCCCGAUGAAGAUCCUAAGGAAGGACUCGUGGAGACCUGGCUGGAGGAAGGCCCUAAGCGUGAAGGGCACAUGAAGGAUGAUUCCUGGGUUAGAGAUAUCUAG